GGGACGUGCACGCCUGGGUGGAGGCGAGCUUGAUGGCCUUCCAGCGCGACGUGUUCCGCAAGCUGGAGGACGUGUCGAGGAAGCACUCGAGGCUGGUCUGGCACGUGAUGGGGUCCCUGCCCGACCCCGACGCCUGCAGGGAGGGCCGAGAGGUCCCCGGCGUCAGCGAGGACUCGGCGCCCGUGGGCGCGGGCGGCCAGGGCCUCGGGGACGCCGGCCCGGAGGAGCCCAAGACGCAGUCGGCCCCGGCGGGGAUCCUGUCCCUGGGCUACCGCCGGCGGCGGUGGGCGCAGGCGAGGCAGAAGAUGUCCCUGGUCCGCACCAGGUCGCUGCUGAAGAGCAGGGGGCUGCCCGCGGAGGCGGGGCCCGCCGCCCGCGGCGAGGACCGGCUGGCCCACGGGGAGGAGCGGCGCCGCACCCGGGCGGCCGGCAGGGGCGGCACCCCCGAGG